GCCGGCGUGCGCGCGGGUCUGUAGCAAAACACACAGCACACGCACGGCGUGUAAGUCCCGACUAUAUAGAUGACAGGACGUGCUGCACGAAGCAACAGAUGUUUGCCCGUUCGUCCUUUGCAUGGGUUGGGUUCACCAGCCUCCCAUUCAAGUGCUCCGAUAGCCUCUUGUGUUGUCUUGCCUUCUAUGUUUUUUCUUAUACACUUUGACACGUUUUACAGUCAAAUAGGAUUCCCCUUUUUCUAUUUGUUUACCUUACGUGGCGUGAACGGUUCUUAUUUUUAACAUGUUGCUGUUGCUGAACGCGGGGAAUAUAUAGGCUCCCGGAACCUCAUCGUUUUCUGCCUGACAUCGUAGUAUGUCAUCAAACAACAUCGAGAUUUGACUUGGUAAAACGCACCAUCACGUCACCUGUGCCAUAUUUUCGCGAGGUAUUAAAAGAAAAAGAUUGCACUUAGGCACAAACGCAGCUCUCUCCCGCUGUCGUUUCCCAAGUGCUGCCCCACUGGCCAGCCGAAAUAGUCGAAAAUAAUCAAAGGGAAAUUCGAAGAAUGGAAGAUGAUGGCAAUGCUGGCGAUGCGUGGGUUCCACCUAACGACCGCCAAUUAGCGUUGAGAGCCAAAUUACAUUACGGAUGGUCGUCGUCUGCUAAAUCGAAACGGAUCGAUACUAACGCCAGCAAAUGGUCACAGCCGACGGGCGCAAGCGAACCGCUGACCCGCGAGGAACAAGAGAAAGUCGUUCAAGUGAUCCGGCGUGCCGAGGAGGUUAGCGGCAACGAGCAGCUCAGAGUUAGUAAACUUGUUGAUCGAGUGCGAAACAUUCAGAAAAAUGCUGUCGGAAGCGACGGCACCAAUCAGUGCGUUCUCUGUGGCGAUUACGCAAGUGUCUUCCUCUCCUGGUCGUUGACAUCAGCUCGUCACGUCACUUGCAAGGACUGUCUCAAGUCGGUGUGCCAAAAGUGCUCGGUGGAUACAUCCGUUCAUCCGCGGGAGCCGACUUAUCUCUGCAAGUUGUGCUCGGAGCGGCGCGAAACCUGGAAGAAAUCCGGCGCCUGGUUCUACAAAAUCACUUGAUCUUUUUCAGUUCUAUAGAGCUUCAUUUGUUCGAUGUUAUGUCAGAAAAAAAAAAAAAAGCCAUCGUCCAUGUCAAUGUAUACGUGCCCUAUCGCCGAAGAGCUACUAAAGCUUAUUUUCUAACUGAAUUCUAAGAGGCUUCUUAUGGACUUAUACGAAGAGGUUUAAAAACAAAAAAAAAACAUGUUUUUCUUAAAUCCUCUGGCUUGCGGACAGUUUUGAACCAAAAAAAAAAUCUAUGGUGUGGAAUAAAAUUCUAAAAUGAUGUUGUUGUUGCAAAAUAACAUGCGCUGUUGUUUGCUGUGCUAUCUAAUUUAUCAAAGAAAAAUUUAGAAAACUAUCGAUUUUCCAUGUCCGGCGUAA